UUCCGGCGGGGGGCGGAGCCUGCGCGGCCUGAGCGCGGCCCGCCCCCCCCCAACAUGGAGGGCUGGCGAGGAGCCUGGUAUGUGCCAUGUCUAGCUUCACUUGAGACCCUCCAAGAAUUAUGUAGGAAGGAAAAUCUCAGAUGUAAAUCCAUUGGAAUCACCAACAGGAGUCUAAAGAGUUAUGAGGUGGAAUAUUUGUGUGACUACAAGGUAGAAGAGGGCAAAGCAUACUAUCUUGUGAAAUGGAAAGGAUGGCCAGAAUCUUCAAAUACUUGGGAGCCUCGGAAACAUCUGAACUGCCCUCUGCUUCUGCAGAACUUUCUUAGAGACAAGAAUGAAUACUUGUCUCGGGUGAGAGAAGGCAAAGCACUGAAAGUGAGAAACCAUGUUAAAGCUUUGAAACCUGCAAUUGCAGAUUACAUUGUAAAGAAGGCUAAACAAAGAAUAGCUCUGCAGAGAUGGAAAGAAGAACUCAACAGGAAAAAGAAUCAUAAAGCAAUGAUUCUGGUGGAAAACACCGUGGAUCUUGAAGGCCCUCCUUUAGACUUCUACUACAUUAAUGAGUAUAAACCUGCUCCGGGAAUAAAUGUGCUCAAUGGAAUAACAACUGGCUGUGAAUGUGCUGACUGCCCUGCUGAGAAGUGCUGUCCAAAGGAGGCUGGGUUUAUUUUGGCUUACAAUAAACGUAAGAAAUUAAAAAUCCAGCCUGGCUUGCCCAUCUAUGAGUGCAAUUCAUAUUGUAGGUGUGGGCCUGACUGCCCGAAUAGGAUCGUACAGAAAGGGACCCCGUAUUCCCUCUGCAUCUUCAGAACCAACAAUGGCCGUGGCUGGGGAGUAAAAACCCUCCAGAAAAUUAAAACAAACAGUUUUGUGAUGGAGUAUGUUGGAGAGGUGAUUACAAGUGAGGAAGCAGAGAGGCGAGGCCAGCUCUAUGAUAACCAGGGAAAUACAUACUUGUUUGAUUUGGACUAUGACUCAGAUGAAUUUACAGUAGAUGCAGCUCGAUAUGGAAAUGUGUCCCACUUUGUGAACCACAGUUGUGAUCCAAAUCUUCAAGUCUUCAAUGUGUUUAUUGAUAACCUUGACUUGCGUCUUCCUCGAAUAGCGCUGUUCUCUACCCGAACCAUCAAGGCUGGAGAAGAGCUAACCUUUGACUAUCAGAUGAAAGGUUCAAUAGAUCUGACUUCAGACUCUGCUGAAGGUCUUAGCCCAUCCAAAAAGAGGAUCAGAACUGUCUGUAAAUGUGGAGCCGUGUGUUGCAGAGGUUAUCUCAACUGAGUUCGGAAAUUUGGCAGUCAUGGCUGAAACAAGUUGCUGGCUACACUUUGGAAAUAGAUAGCAAAAGGUUAAGGAGAGCAGCCCAUUGUCUAACAAAGCAAAUGCAUUGUGGAGAUAUGCUCUGUUAUCUGUUAGGUGCAAAAGAGCCCUGGGAUUGAUGUAUAUUCACAACUGGUUUUGGUUAUUUUUACAUACUGUGUUUUUUUUACCUAGUGACAGACUUCUAAGAUACUAGGCCUGUAUUUUCUGGUUGCAAAAAUGUUAACUUCAGUGAAGUUAGACUAGGGGUGAAUAUACCCAUUUGCUGUAGACAUUUGUAAGAUGUUCUUGAAUGUAAAGGCUGAGAAAUGUGCUGUUCUUCAGCUGCUUGAGUCAUCUUUUUUUUUUCCUGAUCAUCUUAAAGUUGUCUCAAUCUAUUCAUAACAUAUGCUAAGUUUUGCUUGGCUUCAAAACCACUGAAGAGCAGUUGAGGUGGGUGAUGAGUGGAGUUACAGCCAAGGUCCAUGCUCUAGGUAUGAUCCAAAUGCUUUAUUCUCAUGGAUUCAAAGCUUGUAAAACUUGCAUAUUGCUUACAAGUCACAUAAAUGUUGACAGGGUCAGGCAGAAUAAUGUUGCUCCAUAAAUGGAUGCUCCAUAGCUGGCUGCUGGCUAUGUAUCAUAGGUCAGCUAGUUGCCUUUAUAAGGUGCACAGCUGUUGGCUCAGGUGAAUGAAGUCAAGUACCCAGCAUGUAACUGUUUACUUAAUUUGUUAGAAAAUGCCUUAAAUUCCAUGUUAAUUACUAGCACUUCAGAAAGAGCAUUUCAAUGUUGUUCCUUAAGAAGCACAGUUGCAUUUGUACUGAAGAUCUGGCUCUUUGGUAGCAAAUGACAUUUUAUAUGCUACUAGCCAAAAUCAGUUUUAAACUUUUGGUGAAGAGCAUGGGCCACUGGAAAUGCUGUGUGAGUUUUGUAAUCUACAAUACAGAGAUACACAUUGAAAUAGAGACUUUAUAUUGUUUAAUGAAUAGGAGGAAGUUUGCUUAGAUUUGGAAGUAUUUGAUGUGAUCAGGCUCACCUGUAUCCACACAGUUGAUAACCGCUGAGUCUUGUCAGUUUUUAUUAUGCCAUAUCUCUAAUGAUUUUUUUUUUUUAAUUUAAAGUUUUAAGUGGAAUAUGGAGCUUUAAUGUCAGCAAACUCUAGAUGAUCUUGCAUCGUUUAGAAUCAUUAGUGCUUUCUCUUGCAUGUAGCUCAAGUGAGCAGUGCAUUCCAUGUGGAUGGAAUCUGCAGUCUCCAGCUCCUUAAUCUGCUGCAGUCUGCAGCCUGCACUGUCCCUGCAGGACGUGGCUGCGGCAAGAGAUGGAUUCCUUGCUCCAAGAGAUGGAUUCCUUGCUCCAAAAGAUGGAUUCCUUACUCCAGCCUCCCCUGUGCCGGGGCACAGGGUGGGCCCCAGGCUCUGUCUCUCCCCAUGCCCAGUUUGAUUUAAAUAUUGCAAGUUGGUGCAUUUUAGAAGGUAAUAGUUGUGGCAGUUGUACUGGAGUGCAGUGUCUCCUUUUCCAGAGGCAGAGAAUGUUAUCACCAGCACUGGAAUAAUGCUGCUGUUUGUUAAGGAUAUGUGUGUUAUCUUCUACCAUAAAUAAAGAACCGUUAAUUUGUGUUCUGGGAGGUAGCAGUAUUUUGUAUUUAUUUGAAGGAAACCCAUGGAUCCAGUUUCCAACAUAAGAGCCUUGAACAGUAUUUUAUAUUUACAUAUUCAGUGUAUUUGGAUUGCAGUCAGUAAAUGAGCUCAAUGGGACACUGUGUCACUUUUAAAACUCCUUUUACUGUUUUUAUGAGUUUGGCAGAAAAUUGCCGAAUUGGAAAUGCAGAAAAAGCUGUUUUCAACUUCUUAGGGAACCUAAACCAGCCCAGCUUCUGCCUUUGUUUUGCUUUGUGGUCUGUUGGCAUCGUCACGGUCACCAGUUCAGUCAUGUAUGCACUUCUUGGGGGGCUGGUGACCUGUCCUCCAGCUGUUCAUUUUUGUUGGUUUUAUUUUUAUUUUUUGGUAGCAAAACUAAAGCUGCAAGAUCACCUGUAAGAAAAGCUAUUGUCUAUUUAUUUAAUCUCCAAUUAAGUCAAUCUUUUGGUUAUUUUUAAUGUAUGUUUUAGGAACUGUAUUAGAAUAUGCAGUUUGUAAGCUCAGGAACAUUUUCUUUUCAUAUUGUGUCAUCUCUAGUAUUGCUAUCUUCCUAUAGUUUUUGAUAAAAUAAAUUAAAUUUAGUUUUUC